GGGUUUGGUUUCAGUUCGACCAACACCAUGUUGUCCAGGAGAGAAAUGUCUGUGGCUGCGGCCGCUCUUCUUGUUUUCUCCCUCAUUUCACAGAGUGAGGGAAUAAUCGGAGGCAGAGAGGCGGCGCCUCACUCUCGGCCGUACAUGGCCUCCAUCCAGGUUCCAGAGGGCGAGAAGAUGAAACAUGAAUGUGGAGGUUUUGCUGUGGCCGAUCAGUGGGUGAUGACCGCGGCUCACUGUCUGCCCAGCGGGCCCAGUGGAAGGAAAGUGGUGCUGGGAGUUCAUUCUCUGAGUCAACCUGAAGACACCAAGCAAACCUUUGACAUCCUGGAGGUCCACAAUCACCCAGACUACAGAAACUCAAACUAUGACAAUGACAUUGCUUUACUUAAACUGGACCGUCCGUUUGUCUCCUCUGAGGCUGUCAGAGCGGUGGAAUUCCUGCGAGCCGGCGGAGGCUCGAACCCCACCACCGACGCAGAGGUGGACACGGCCGGCUGGGGAUCCCUGAACAACCUGGGCUCCAGACCGGACAAGCUCAAAGAGGUGGUGGUCAAGGUGGUCCGCUCGACUCGCUGCAGUCGCUCCGACUACUUUGGCCGAAAGUUCACCACGAACAUGUUGUGUGCGCACAAACUCUGCCCGGACCCUUGUGAUCAACCGUAUGAGAUCGAAGACAGUUGUGAUGGUGACUCUGGUGGUCCUCUGCUCUACAGCGGCAUCGCAGUGGGCGUCACGUCCAACGGUGGAAAGAAGUGUGGCCAAGUGAGAAAGCCUGGGAUUUACACCAUCAUCUCCCACUACACUCAGUGGAUUGACAACACCACGGCACUACAGCCCACUGCGCCGCCGGAUGGCAGCAGUUAAACAGUGACGACCUUGGUGACAGUUUAAUAGGAUUUUAUUUUUGUACAUCCUAUAAAGCACCCUUUUGGCUGAAUUAUGUUUAUGAGCUUUCAUUAAUGUUCAACCACCUCAAAAGAUUCACCAAAAUAACAUAUAUCACAUAAUUUUUGUCAAUAAAAUACACUUAAUUACAUUCA